CUGUGCAGGAGCGAUGAGCGCCAACGAGGACCAGGAGAUGGAGCUGGAAGCAUUGCGUUCUAUUUAUGAAGGUGAUGAAAGUUUCCGAGAACUAAGUCCAGUUUCAUUUCAAUAUAGGAUAGGUGAUAAUGGUGAUCCCAAAGCUUUCUUAAUAGAAGUUUCUUGGACAGAAACAUAUCCACAAACAGCUCCAAUCAUAUCUAUGAAUGCUUUUUUCAACAACACCAUAUCAUCAGCUGUAAAGCAAAGUAUUCUGGCUAAAUUACAGGAAGAAGUUAAAGUUAAUCUUGGAACUGCUAUGACAUAUACAUUGUUUGAAUAUGCCAAGGACAAUAAAGAGCAAUUCAUGGAGAAUCACCAUCCUGUCCAGUCUGUGACAUCAAUAAGCAAUAUUAUUUCAGUUGAAACUCCUAAUACAGCUCCCUCAAGUAAGAAAAAAGAUAAAAAAGAACAGCUUUCAAAAACCCAGAAACGGAAACUGGCAGACAAAACAGAUCACAAAGGUGAACUUCCACGAGGCUGGAACUGGGUUGAUGUAGUUAAGCAUUUAAGCAAAACUGGUUCUAAAGAUGAUGAAUAAUGAAAGAAACUUGAUAGAAGAAAACACCAUCUUUUAAUACCAUAAACUGAGGCCAACAUGUUUCUUUUAGUACUCUUUUCUUCUAUUGGCAUUUUAUAAAACAUAAGUUUUUGUAUGUUUCCUAAGUAAUCAGAUCACCAGUUCAUGCAGAGAUUUGUUGGUAUUUCAUUAUUCUCACAAAUUUGCCUUAAAGGAAGGUAAAACAUGCCACCAGGAAUGUUCAGUGUCCUUUCAGUAGCCUGUUAAGCUUUAUAAAUGAUCAAAUAUUGGGAAAAGUAAAUAAUGAUAUAUGCAGUGUUAAUUUAUACUGUCUUAUUCUAGAGUGUGAUUUUUUUUUAAGGGAAUGUAAAGCCAAUUAGAAUAAAGCUGCUUAUCAAGUAUACCCUUUUCAAGUUCUCAUCUCAGUGGAGUAAAUAGUAAAAGUGGCGUUUUGGGCAGCAUGAUCUAUAUUAAUAGGUUUGACACCUUAUUUAAGAUCUUCAUCUGUUCAUUCCCUUGAAUUACUUAUGUUUAAAUUGCUUCAGAGAAAGCUAGUGAUUGAAUACCACUAUGAUUCUUUCAUAUAGUUCAUAUCUGUGCAUAGUUACUUUCCAUGUUUUGUUUUUUGCAGAGAACUGCUGUCUUCACACAGAUAAGUCUAAAUUAUAUUUUUCUCAAUAUUGAUAUAUUGAGAGGUUUAAACAUGAGAGGUUUUCAUAAUACAUGGGGUAGGAAAAAAUAAAACAAUUCUGCCAAAUGCAUUGGAAAGAAUUUUGUAUAGAUGUGCUCUCUUGUAUUUUAAAAAAAAAUUCCUUACUGAAUACACAGUAAUGGAACAAAAGAUGCCUUAAUGUCAUUUACUUUUUUAUUGUUGAAGACAUUGAUUUUAAUAAAUUCCUAUUUAUCUGCCA